GCUGAUAUACCCUGGGGUAGCCAUUGAUGUCUUCUCUGUUCCUUACUUGAGAUAUCUGUCAGGCAAAUCCCGCCGAAAAAAAGAAGAAAAAGGCAGUGCGGAGAAGGAGGAGUAGUAGCAGUUGCUUUCCACGCCGUUCUCGAGAGCAGGAGAAAAAAAAAGUAGCAAAAAAGUAGCUUAGAUCGUGCGAGCUAUGGAUUACCUGGGUCAGCAGAGACAGCACGGCGAGCCUGCCGACGACGAUGUCGAGGCUCAGGGGGCCCGUCACUCGAACGGUGCUAAUUACCAGAGCGAACAACAGCAGCAGCAACAACAACAAGAAAAAGAACAACAAGACCAACAGGCAGCUGGUUCUCAGCGUCCCGAAAGCUCUGGGCAAAGCGGCGAACACGUCAAGUUUGGGGAUGCCCGUCUGAACGUACCGGCAAAAAGCUCUGAUCUGAACGAAUAUGAAGCCCUCGACCGGUUCAUCACGAACUACGAAGCGGAGCGCCGCGCCAGCCUCGCGAGCGGGAUGGGCGGCCGGCGCAAGAAGCCGAAGUGGUGGCAGUUCUGGAAGUCUAGCGAGGGCGAGGCAGAGGACACUUCCAGGCCCACAGAUGUCGGCAAACCGCCGGACUCGUGGCUUGAUACUGAUAUCCACACCGGUUUAAGUAGCGCCGAGGUGGAGGAGCGCCGAAAACAGUACGGCUGGAACGAGCUGGUGGCCGAGAAGGAGAACAUGCUCGCCAAGUUCUUCAGUUACUUCCGAGGACCCAUCCUUUAUGCUAUGGAACUUGCCGCUUUGCUAGCCGUCGGCCUAGGUGCCUGGAUCGACUUUGGUGUCAUCAUCGGAAUUCUCUGCCUCAACGCAUUCGUUGGCUUCUACCAGGAAAAGCAAGCGGCUGACGUAGUGGCAAGCUUGAAGGGCGACAUUGCCAUGAAAGCGACUGUUGUGCGUGACGGCAAGGAGCAGCAGAUCUUAGCGAGAGAAUUGGUCCCCGGUGAUAUUAUAAUUAUACAAGAAGGACAAACGGUCCCUGCAGAUGCUCAAUUGAUCUGCGACUAUAAUAGGCCUCAGGACUUCGAACAGUUCAAGCAGCUGAGAAACGAAGACAAAUUCGGCGAAGAGGAGGAGGCCAAAAACAACAAGGAUCUAAAGUCUAAAGACCAGGAGGAAACUCCCGAGUAUGAUUACGAGACGUCAAUUCACUACGGUGAGCCCCUCGUGGCCUGUGAUCAGUCCGCUAUCACUGGCGAAUCCCUCGCCGUGGACAAAUACAUGGGCGACGUCGUGUAUUACACAACCGGCUGCAAGCGAGGAAAAGCUUACGCCAUCGUGACCACGACUGCCAAAUACUCCUUCGUCGGAAAGACUGCGUCUUUAGUCCAGGGCGCCAAAGACCAAGGCCAUUUCAAAGCUGUCAUGGACAGCAUCGGGACGGCGCUACUAGUCCUCGUCAUGUUUUGGAUCCUCGUCGUCUGGAUCGGAGGUUUCUUCCACCACCUGAAGAUUGCCACGCCCGACGUCCAGAACCUUCUCCAUUACACGUUGGUCCUGCUCAUCAUCGGUGUCCCCGUCGGUCUUCCCGUGGUCACCACCACGACGCUUGCCGUGGGCGCGGCCUAUCUAGCCAAGCAAAAGGCAAUCGUCCAGAAACUGACGGCCAUCGAAUCCUUAGCGGGUGUCAACGUGCUCUGCUCGGACAAGACCGGCACGCUCACGGCCAACAAGCUCAGCAUCCGCGAGCCGUUCGUCGCCGAGGGGCAGGACGUGAACUGGAUGAUGGCGGUGGCGGCGCUCGCGAGCUCGCACAACAUCGAGUCGCUGGACCCGAUCGACAAGGUGAUCAUCACGACGCUGAAGCGGUACCCGAAGGCGCGGGAGAUCCUGCGGCAGGGGUGGGUGACGGAAAAGUUCACGCCGUUCGACCCGGUGUCGAAGCGGAUCACGACCGAGUGCCGCCUGGGCAACGACCGGUACAUGUGCGCCAAGGGGGCCCCGCGCGCCAUCCUCGACCUGGUCAACCCCAGCGAGGACGUGCGCAACCUGUACAACCAGAAGGCGCGCGAGUUCGCCACGCGCGGCUUCCGCUCCCUCGGCGUCGCCUACAAGAAGAACGACGAGCCCUGGGUCCUCCUCGGCCUGCUGUCCAUGUUCGACCCGCCCCGCGAGGACACCGCCCAGACCAUCAUCGAGGCCGCCCACCUCGGCGUCCCCGUCAAGAUGCUCACGGGCGACGCCAUCGCCAUCGCGAAGGAGACCUGCAAGAUGCUGGGCCUGGGCACGAAAGUGUACAAUUCCGAGAAGCUGAUCCACAGCGGCUUGACGGGCGUCGUCCAGCACGACCUCGUGCAGCGCGCCGACGGCUUCGCCGAGGUCUUCCCCGAGCACAAGUACCAGGUCGUGGAGAUGUUGCAGCAGCGCGGAUCGCUGACGGCGAUGACGGGUGAUGGUGUAAACGAUGCGCCGUCCUUGAAGAAGGCCGAUUGCGGAAUCGCUGUCGAAGGAUCGUCCGAGGCCGCCCAAGCAGCAGCUGAUAUCGUCUUCCUAGCUCCCGGUCUCAGUACCAUUAUUCUGUCGAUCAAGACUUCUCGCCAGAUCUUCCAAAGGAUGAAAGCCUACGUGCAGUACCGUAUCGCGCUUUGCCUGCACCUCGAGAUAUACCUCACGACCUCGAUGGUGAUCAUCAACGAGACCAUCCGGCCGGACCUGAUCGUGUUCAUCGCGCUGUUCGCGGACCUGGCGACGGUAGCCGUGGCGUACGACAACGCGCACGUGGAGCCGCGGCCCGUGGAGUGGCAGCUGAAGAAGAUCUGGGUGAUCAGCGUGAUCCUGGGGACGCUGCUGGCGGUGGGCACGUGGAUCAUCCGCGGGACCAUGUUCCUGAGCAACGGGGGCGUGGUGCAGAACUUCGGGUCGAUCCAGGAGGUGCUGUUCCUCGAGGUCGCGCUGACGGAGAACUGGCUCAUCUUCGUCACGCGCGGCGGCCAGACCUGGCCCUCCUGGCAGCUCGUCCUCGCCGUCCUGGGCGUCGACGCCCUCGCCACCAUCUUCGCCCUGUUCGGCUGGCUGUCCGGCAGCGGCGGCGGCCUCAUGCAGACCACCCCGCCCACCUCCUUCCAGAACUCGCACAACGGCUGGACCGACAUCGUCACCGUCGUCGUCGUCUGGGCCUACUCCAUCGGCGUCGUCAUCUUCAUCGCCAUCGUCUACCUCGCCCUCAACAGCUUCGAGUGGAUCAACAACCUCGGCCGCAAGGACCGCAACAAGAAGGACACCCAGAUCGAGAACAUCAUCGGUCAUAUCAACAAGCUUGCUAUCGAGCACGAUCCAGACCCCAAGACCGGUCACGACCGGUACUUCAUCGUCGAGAAGACGCCUGCCGACGAGGAAGAUAUUUGAUCCAUGGCAGUUACCGAUGAUGGAUGGAACGGGUACCUGACUCGAAUGGGCUGGAUUCCGUGCCGUUCUAUCCCUUGUGCAAGUUACUAACCAAGGAUGUUUUUUUUUAAUCUUCUACGUGCGGUCGAGAAGGGAUAUUUGAGAUUUAGGAAGGGAGAGGGAGAGGGAGAUAUAUACCAUCUUGGUGUGUAUAUUGUCAUCCUCUAUGUAGCAAACGAACGAUGUUGUAUUUAAAGGUGGCAUUUAUUAUAGCCAGCUAAUAAGCCCCAGUUGGGGAUAAUAUAGGGCUAACUCGUAUGCAGACAGAAAAAGGAGUUGGCCAAUUUGUACUUCCCCUUUCCUCCAUAAUAGUGAAUCUUUUCUCUAUGAAAUAAAUGUUCAAAAUGGCUAAAUCCCGUAUUUAAAUUAGUAAUAGAGCACCUCUGUAGAAA